AUGUCUCGCGUCCUAACCGACAAAAUUCGCGUCGAGCCCGAAUUCACAGAACCCGAAGACUACCUCCAAACCUCCCUCUCCGUGCUCUUUCCCGACGAUAUCCAAAACCAACACGGCGAUAGGGAUCAACAUAUUGUAUAUACAUCCCCAACAUUAGGCGAGAUAAUAUUAGAACUAUCUGCGCCAGCGGGCGAAAAAGGUCGUCUAUUAUUCGCGCAUUAUUUAUGGAAUGCCGGAUUACAAUUAGCGGAGCUUUUCGAAGACGGGGAUGGGAAGAGAGGUGGUAGGGAACGAUGGGAGGUUACUGGGGAGAGUGUUUUAGAAGUGGGAAGCGGGACUGGGUUAGCGGGGAUAGUGACUGCGUUGAUGGGUGCAAAGGAGGUGGUUCUUAGUGAUUAUCCUGACGAAAAUGUGCUUGCGAAUUUACGGAAGAAUGUAGCGAAGAAUAUUGAAGCCAACGGAUUCGGCGAUGUGACGGUACAAGGUCACGAAUGGGGAGUUUUGGACGACCAAUUCUCGAUAGAUAAUAAAGAGAGGUUUACUAGGGUGAUUGCGUCGGAUUGUUUGUGGAUGCCAUGGCAGCAUGAGAAUCUUUUGAAGUCAAUUAGGUGGUUUUUGAAGGAGGAUGGACGGGCUUGGAUUUGUGCAGGUUUUCACACUGGCCGGGAAUUAAUGCGUGGGUUCUUCGAAGAGGAAAAGCUAGCAGCAGCUGGGUUGGAGAUAGAAUCCAUCUAUGAAAGAGAUGCCAACGGUGUUGAGCGAGAGUGGGUUACAGACAGAGGAGCAGAAGAUCGAGAUGCGAUCGCCAGAAAGCGGUGGUUGGUAAUUGCCAUUUUAAAAAGACGAUAA